GGACAGCGACUGCUCGAAUCGAGCAAUACCUGCAGCUGCUGUUGCUUGCUCGUGGCGUCCAGGUUUUGCGUUUCGUUCCCAGCAGCUCCCGAGCUGGCCGGGCAGCCAGCGCACCAGCCAGCGUUACAGGAGCAAAGGGGGAGGAAUGUGAUGACAACCAAUCAGGGUGGCCCGUUCCCUCGAGACGUCAUAAUCACAAACAAAGCCCCGAACCUGCGGCAGCGGCAAUAACAAUAACAGACUGGGUCAGCUGCUGGCCAGUCGGCUGAGCGUACGUGGCCGCGGUCAGCAGCAGCUGCUCCCGCCAGCAGCGUCGGGAGAGAGCGGGCAGCGAGGGCAGGCUGAGAAUAGCAACGCUCCUGCCUACAAGAAACCGGAGACAAUGUCGCAGGGCGAGGGACUCAGCCUCCAAGAGGAGAAUUUGCAUGGUUCCUGGGUGGAGCUGCACUUCAGCAGCAAUGGCAAUGGCAACCCUGUCCAGCCAACAAGCCAAGAGCAAGUACCAGACUCUAUUUCUAUUUACAAUGGUGAUAUGGAGAAAAUACUCCUAGAUGCCCAGCAUGAAUCCGGGAGAAGCAGUUCAAGAGAGAGCUCACGCUGUGAUAGCCCUCCUCGUUCCCAGACACCUCAGGACAUUAACAGAGCUUCUGAAGUGGAGACUCAGAGCAGUGGAGAAAAGAAUAGCUCUCAGUCUGAAGAAGAUUUUCUUGAAAGAAGAAAAGAAAUAGAAAGGCUCUUGCAGAAAAAUUCAGACUGGAUAUGGGAUUGGUCCAGUAGGCCUGAGAACAUCCCACCAAAGGAAUUUCUCUUUAAACACCCUAAGCGUACUGCAUCUCUCAGCAUGAGAAACACAAGCAUGAUGAAGAAAGGAGGCAUAUUCUCAGCAGAAUUUUUAAAGGUUUUUCUCCCAUCUCUGCUUCUCUCUCAUUUGCUUGCCAUAGGGCUAGGGAUUUAUAUCGGAAGACGUCUGACAACCACAACUACAACCAGCACCUUUUAAAGGGAGAAUAAAAUUUGGUCAGGCUCAAAGCAAUGAGAAUAUCCAUCUAGGAGUACAAAUGGUGAAUGGCAGGAACUUCUGAGCUUGUGAUAGCUACAUGUCCUUGCUGUUUGUUCUGUAAACAUGUUCCUACUUUAGUAGUAGAUGGGGGACAAGAAAUACUGAAGCCAAGCUAUAAAAUAAUUUUUAGAUCAAUUUAUAAAGCAUGUUUCAGAUUGAUUAAUAUCUGCUGUAAUGCUUGGUAGCAUUAAAAACCCCUCAGUGUUAAAAAAUAAACUCUUCGCUUUCACGUACUGGUUGUGAUGCAGCUAGGAAUUCAUCUAAACCAUUAUUUCUUUAUAUUUCUGAAAAAGUGAGUAUUGUCAUUAUUGAAGUGUGGCCUA